AUGGCCGCCAAGAAGGAAGCUCGAGAUGGUUCAUUGGAAUUGGAUGCCCAAGACUGGGACUACAUUGAGCGUGUCGAAGCUCAGCAGAUGGAGUUUGAGUCGUCGGGCAAAGGACGUCAUAAAGUCGCCGACCAGCAACAUCGCAUUGAACCGAUGUCAAUGGAUGUUGCAAUAAAGCACUGGACGAAGCUAGCAGACCAAAACCGAGACGAGUACGAUGCAGCCCACCGCUCUGGCCUCGGUCUGGCUGCACGCACGUCCACAGCAUUUGCAGCGGGUGUCUCCCAGUUUUUGAAGGACUUCAAACCUCUUACAGAUGCUGCACAGGCUGCUGGACCGUACGGCAGCCUCGCAGUGAGUGUACUGAGCGCGGUUUUUGCCAUAGCCUAUGCCAAAAUGAAGACUGACGACGUAAUCACUGGAGCCAUGAAGAAGGUGCAUGAUCGAUUGCCUGGACUUCGCAUGUUCGAGGAGGUCUACCAAGAAAGCGAGAUUAAUCAGAGACAAUUGCGAGCAAAGAUAUUGCUUGCUUAUACCGGGAUACUCGAAUUGGCUAUGCAGUCGGCAUAUUACUAUCAGAAACCUGGCAUCGCUCGUUGGUGGCUCGCGACCAUCCAACCCAAAAAAUUCAACAGUCUCGCCGAAAAGGUGCAAGACCUCAUAUCCGACGUACGGCUGAAGUGCGAGGAGCUGAUGACUUAUAGUGUCAAUGUGAUCCGGCAAGGCAACGAGCGUUUGAUUGCGAAGAACGACAUCCUCCACAAAGAGCUGGCCGACCUCAAAGCAAGCAGUCACGACCGCGAUUUGAUGGACCUACAGGCCUUGCUUGGUUCCACACACUGGACUCUGGAGGUACACAAGCAGUGGCAGGCGAAAUACGCUGAGCAGCUCGAAUUGCAUCGUAAGCUCUACAGCUUGUUUCAGUGGAUGUCUGCCGAGCAAAUAGCAUUGUUUAUGGCAAGAGAUGCCUUAACCCACUGGCAUGAUCCGCAUCAGUCGUCUAUGUUACUGAUAUUUGCAGUCCCACAUCCUGAUGCUCAGGACUGUCCACACUGCUGGAUGUCACCACUCGCCCUUCAAGCAAUGCAUGACCCUCCAGGGAACCGCGGAUGCACAGCUACUCUCAUUCUCGAUCCGCUGAGUCGUUCAGCUGUCGAUGUAUGCGAAGUGCUGGCAGAAAUUCAGUUGCAGCUUCUCAAGGGUAUGGAUCCAGCUCUGAGGCCUGAUGACUACCUCAGCACUCUGUCCGUGCCGCUGCGAAAGUAUUCGACAGCAAGGAACGCUUCUGCUGAUCAGCCUACCGAUGAAGCACUUGAAUCUCUUCGAGACAGCCUUACAGUACUGAUGCAGAUGUUCACGGCCGAAUACACCGUCCGUAUUGUCGUGGACAGGAUGGAUCGAUGUGGGAGGCGAGGCGCUACUCGCUUUCUGAGUAUACUUCACACGGCAAUGACGAGAGCAAAUUGUCGGGUCAAGAUAAUGGUGGUUGCGAAUACAUUAUACUUGGAUCCCGGAGCGGUCGACUUGCAGUCGUGUGAGCAAGGCAAAGUUCAGAUUUUACAAGAACUUCAGCAGUUCAAGGUCCCGGACUACUACUAG